GGAUACCUAUCUUCAUCUCUUCAUCGAACAUGAAAUCAAUCAAAAAAACUUCUUUUCUUCGGUUCUACAUCUACUCCUAGUUUAGUUAGACUCUUGAAAUUGCACUAGGUUUUUAUAUCUGAUAUUUUGAUACCGAAAAAAUGGCGUCGUCCUCCGGGAUACGACAGUGCAUCAGAGAUGUCUCUCCCUAUCUCCUCCUCCUAGUCGCCGUUAGUACCCUCGGCCCGCUGCAGUUCGGUUUCCAUCUUGCCGAGCUCAAUGCACCUCAAGAUGUCAUCUCUUGUCGGGUCAGGCAGCAGUCCGUCUCUCGAUUCUCCGCCGCCCUAUCCUUCAUAAAGGAUCAACCCACUGCAUCCUCUGCGCUACCCGAUUGCAUACCGAUGGACGAUGCUCAGUUCGCUGUCGUAUCAAGUAUGUUUACGCUCGGCGGCCUAGUUGGUGCACUCGGAAGUGGUCCCAUCGCCUCUGCUAAGGGUCGUCUUGUGGCUAUGAAGUUGACCAGCUUGUUCUAUAUCAUUGGCUCCAUCAUCGAAGCUCUUGGGGCUUCCAUUGCUAUGCUAGCUAUCGGACGUAUCUUCUCUGGCGUUGGCGCCGGUGCUGCCACCGUCAUCGUGCCCAUUUAUAUUAGUGAGGUAGCACCACCCCGCGAACGUGGUACUUUCGGCGCCAUGACACAGGUAAGCAUCAAUGUUGGCAUACUGGUUACACAGACCAUGGGGUACUUUUUGAGUUAUGGUUCUGCCUGGCGAUGGAUCCUCGGUGCCGGGAUCAUCAUCAGCGCUGCCCACGGCUUCGGCUUGUUCCUGAUACCGGAGAGUCCGGUUUGGCUGGCGGCGAACAAGAGCGCUUCUCAAGCCAGGCAUAUAUUACAGAGAAUCCGAGGACGCCAUUACGAUAUCAGUGAAGAGACUUCCACAUGGGCGGAUUCUGCACUAACACCAGAGGAAGAGGGACUUCUCAACGAUCCUUCUGAUGGUCCUAGGAGAGGAUCAACCUCGAGUAAAGCUAGUGCUAAGAAUAAUGGUCAUCUUGGCUUCAUGGAGGUAGUAAGAGACCCCUUAUACCGACCCGCCCUCGUUGCGGCUGUCGGUGUCAUGUGCGCACAACAAUUAUGCGGUAUCAACUCUAUUAUCAUGUACUCGGUGUCGCUCCUCCGAGAUCUCCUCCCGAUUAACUCGGCACUAUUGACGAUCGUAAUAUCAGCUAUUAAUCUUAUCACAACUGUUGCCUGUUCGCCGCUACCGGACAAGCUUGGCAGGAAAACCUGCCUCCUCCUUUCUAUCUUCGGGCAAGGCGCCAGCGCUCUCGUACUAGCCUUGUCUAUCUUGUUCGAGACCAAGGUUCUCUCGGCAAUUACGGUUCUUUUCUUCGUCGCUUUUUUCGCCGUCGGACUUGGUCCCGUGCCCUUCAUUCUUGCGUCUGAGCUAGUCGGACAAGAAGCAGUUGGCGCGACUCAGUCUUGUUGUUUGGGCGCAAAUUAUAUUGCCACGUUCCUAGUGGCCCAGUUCUUCCCAAUUAUCAACGUUGCUCUGAACGAGCGAUUCGGAGGUGCCGGGUGGGUUUACUUCAUAUUUACUGCCUUAGCUAUUUUAUGUGGGUUAUUUGUGCUCUGGCGCGUGCCAGAAACUAAGGGGAAGAAAGAUGCGGACGAAGUCUGGGGCCGGACGCGGCGACUUGAUUAAUACGCGGUACCAGAAGCUUAAUGACAUAUCUAACGUAGGAGAAGCAAGCAUUUGACUAGAGUAAUUACACGGUAAAUUGGCAAAUAUAAAUUUCU